UGCCGACAAGCUAGCAUCCAAAGUGAAUUUGGUCCGUUGUAAAUGAUACAUCAGUACACAAAAGCAGUUUGUAAGAAAUUGUGUGUUUUCGUGUUAAAAUGGAGUGUUUUUAGCAAAUCCUUGUCUUUGGUCGCAAGCGUUGUCACGUUUUAUUUAUUAUACGCCCGGUUUGAAUAGCAUUUUCUUUGGGUCACCUGUUAAUCUGCGUAUUGAGGACGGAUAUUUUGUGAACUGAACGCGAAUCAUCAAAUUAGAACGAGCCAUUGAGUAAUGAAACUUUGUCGGUGCAUCGAGAGUUGAGGUGGAAAUAGCAACACGACAUCGUAUCAAGAAUAUAGACGAGGACAAUCGAUAUGGUAUUUCAUUAAAUUCCUAUGAUAGCAGCAUUCCAAUGGGAGUUUGCAUUAUGACAGCAACAGCCAACGUGAAACGUAUAGUGCAACGGAAAUAAAAUCCAUUCACAAUGUAUUUAAAUUGCCAUAAGAUUUGUGCAACACUCCUCGCAACAAACUACAAGUGAAAAAACUCAAUAAAAAACACUCAAAUCGAAACAAAACCAUUAAAAACUGUGAACAAAAUAAAAAUAUCAUCGAAACAAGUGAAAUCCAACACCCGUUUGACUUAAAGGGUCAAUAUACAUAUUACAAGUGUAAAAAAAGAACGCGUGAACGAGAAAAUGCAAAAGUUCGUUGUGAAAAAAAGUAAAAGUGCUCCGCUGGCACCGACAUCAUUAAGUCAACCUUUGCCAACGAUAAUGUCCAGUGCAGAAAAAACGAUGCCAUUAAAUGCAUCGACCGCGAAAUUGAAUUCAACUGAAACGUCUGCACCGAAUGAAUCCAAUGUGACAGCGAAACAACCAACCAAUCAGUCAGCUACACCAUCACCCACGUCGUUGGCACACGUGAAAAUGAGCGGUUACUUGAAAAAGAAACGAAAUAAAAUGGGCGGAUGGCGAAAAUUGUGGUUUGUGCUGCAAAAUCAGCUAUUGCUUUCUUAUUCUUCCAAAGACGAUUAUGAGAAAAAGUUGGCGCCAUUUAAAGAUGUGCUAAACUUAGUUCCGGGCACAGUCGUUCGGCCAGAACCGACAAAAGGUCCACGAUUCACCAUAGAAACAUCGACGAAUCUUAUCUACACCUACCGAUGUGAUAACAACAAAGACAUGAACUGCUGGAUAACAGCUCUAGUCGAAAGUUUGGGACUUCAACCAAAUGACUAUAAACAAGCGUCGAGCAAAUUACAUUAUUCGAUGGAAAAUUUAUCCAAAACUCGCGCAUCAUCUUCGUCGGCUUCACCCGCAUCGUCAUUCAUGUCUUCGCGCAGUUGUGAUUCAAUUUAUCGGUCACAAAAAGCAAAAAUCAAUCCCAAACUACCAGUCGCACAGAAUACAGCUCGAGUAUUACAACGCACACAAGACACACAAUCCAAUAAAAAGAGCAUCAACACAAAAAAGGAAACAGUGACUCAACAGGUUCAAAACUUCAGACUUCAUCCGAACGAGUCACAUGGAAAUCAGUCGUUCGAAGUGCAUCAAAUAAAUCGUAUGUUCAACACGGGCGCUAUCAUUUCAAAUAAUAAUAAAAACGUUGUCAAUACUGCAAACGGAAAUUUAGUCAAUUCACCAAGAAAGUCAACACGGAAUGAAUAUUCACGUCGACGACAUCAUCACCACCAUCACCAUCACCGAAUAAGGGAAGUGCAAGAAAUGUCAAAAGACAAUCAUAUUUGUGCAAUCAAUUUAAAGACAGGCAAUAGCUGUCUUGAUAAAAAUAGUAAUCGUCAUUCAAUCACAAUCAUGGAUGCAGAACCAAAGCAACGUUUCGAAAACGGAAAUUUUACGUUGGCGGAGCAAAUACAUCGUAUUUCGUUGGAAAAUGAUAAAAAUUCAAAUUUGCAUGCGGCUUGCGUGCAAAAAACCACUGUAAAUUCAUCGAUUGCCUCACCAUCGUUAUCUUGUUCAUCUUCGAUGUCUUCGGGCUCAUCGGGUGUAUCAAAUGCGUCGACAGCAUCAGCAUCAAAAUUUCAAUUGCUUACUGCGCCCAAAAACCAAAACACACAACACAACACCGACUCAAUUAACAUCGAGCCCAUUCGCAACGAGGGUGGCGAACCAAUUUAUGCCGUUGUUAAUUUAAAAGAUAAAUACGAACAUCGUGCCAAAAAGAAGACAUUGGAUGAACACAUUUUUGACACCGAUUUGAUUCAACAACGAAGGGGAAGGGAACGUCCAAAUAGCUUCCACGUGGUUUCCGGCGAUUAUGAAGAAGUUCUACAAUUAUCAGCUGAUUGCGUUGACGGCUGUGACGACAUAGACGAAGAAAAUAUUUAUGAACCGAUAAAUAUACCGGAACUAUCUACAAAAGGUCCACUCUGGCGAUAUUUUUCCAAAAUAAAUUUAGAUACCUUAGUUGAGAUAGCUGGUUGGAAAAAAGAGCAACAACAGCACCAGCAACAACAACAACAAUCAAAUGGAAAAGAUGAAACAUCAACGUUCGCUGACUUACGCAAACGUUUCGGCCAACAUCGAAAGUCAAUUAAAAAUCGAGUCAAAAAACUGUAUAAUCGUACAAAUAGUUGUGAAGAGCAUGGUCAAGCUCACACAAACGGAAAUGGCAUUGAUAUAAAUCAUCUAAAUGAACACAAUGCAUCCGGAUCGUCUUCGGGUGAUUCGGGCAAUCGAAUUGGACCGAAAACUGAUGGAUUUUCCGGCUAUUUUAAUAAACGUGACCGACACCUAUUUAGUAGCAUGUUGAAAAAAUCACGCACCUCCUUGACAUUCGAUGAAAUUGCACGAAAGAAAAUUAUUAAUUUGGCCGCUAUUGGUGGUAAAAAUGGGACCAAACAUAAACCUACACAUAAUCAUUUGGAGAAAAAUGGGUGCCAUAGCAAAUUCUAUGAUUAAGCCGGAAUCUAAGUUUAAGAAACAUUGCAAUAUUUAGUUAAACUAUUUGAAAUUGAAUAUUUAUUUGACACAAAUUCAUACUCUGUAGCCUUCCGAACCUAAGUUGGGGUGAUAGAUAUAAUAAAAAAAUCUUGAUGUUAAAUAAAAUAAAAUAAACGUAUUGCAGAUCAAGUAA